AAGAAAAUAAUAAAUCAGAAGUUACUCACUCGCUACUUGAUACUUGAGUAGUUUUUUUUAAAUUGAAUACUCCGCUAAAAAUAUUCAGACAGCUCAUGUCUGUGGUGUGCAAGUGUACGUAACGUCGUGUCCGGUGAGUGACAGAGACUCGGGAUAGGAUCAGUGGCCGACAUGCGCACUGGCGUCCUGUCAAGCAAGGCUGCAAAAUCAAACACAGUUUGCUUCUUUGAUAGUAGGUCUUGUCCCAUUGCAUUGUAAUCAUCACUUGUUGUUUAUGGAAACUUUGGUGUUUAGUGUAUUUUUUAUUUUUGUCUUCUCACGGCGAACUGGACAACGCGGUGAACGUCCACAGUACAUCCGGCACCUGUUGCUCUCCCCCCCUCGGCGUGUGUCCAUGGAUCUUUACGGAUCGUCCAUGAUGACCGUCUGCUCGUCACGGUGUUGAAAUCAUCAGUGUCAGAAGGAAAAUGACAUUUAACUGAGACGGGAGUUAACCAAGAAAGUGCUCAACCAAGCAAAUCUAUGAUGGAGAUCAUGGAUACUCAGCGUGCCUUGGAGGCUGUGGAGCGACUUCAAGCCAAGCUGAAAGAGCGAGGGGAGGGCCCUGCUCAGGAGAAACUCAGCCUGCUGAAAAGCGUCCUACGGAGCCCCCUCUUCCUUCAUAUUCUCAGCUUACAGAAGGCUCAGCGGAAGCCCCCAGCCAAGGGGAAGGGACUUUCCAAAUCAUUGUCCAUGAACUGUGGCAAGUGCACGGGUGUGGCGAUGGACGCCACGACGCUCAGCCACAGCGACUCCUACACAUGGGCAAUCGAGAACCAAAGACCCGGCAGGUCGCUCCACAGGGACGGGAGCGUUUCCUCCCUGGACUCGCAAGAUAUCUCCUUCUCAGACAUCUACCCGGACAACUGCACACACACUGAAUCCCAGUACUGCACACCACCUCGGAUAUCCAGAACCAUGUCUAUGGGGAGGAAUCUGGCAGCAAUUGCGCAUGAGAAGCGUCACCUGGAGAUCAUAGAACUGACCAAUGAUGGGAAGGGGCUUGGCUUUGGCAUCAUAGGAGGACGGAGCACAGGAGUCAUGGUCAAGACCAUACUGCCCGGUGGAGCAGCUGGACAGGAUAAACGUUUGCACAGUGGGGAUCAAAUCUUGCGCAUUGGAGACACCGAUCUGGCUGGCAUGAACAGCGAGCAGGUGGCGCAGGUGCUUCGAAAUGCUGGUAGCAAGGUAAAACUACUCAUCGCCAGGGAUAUCAACAAGGACAGCCUUUGCUCUCCUGUCCUCAGCCAGGAGUCCUUGGAUGGUGAGCUCUUCGACCUGAAUGAUGACUAUGAGUUCAGUGUGCAGUUCACGAAAAACAGCCGGGGGCUGGGAUUCACCAUCUCCAGCUAUGUAGGCGAUCUAAACUCAAUAUACAGUGCGGGCGUGACAGUGAAGAGCAUUUUGAAGGGCAGCAGUGUCGACCAAGAUGGGCAGAUUCACAUUGGGGAUAUCAUCCUGUCCGUGGAUGGGGUGAGCCUGCAGGGCUGCAGUGAGCAGCGUGCAAUGGAGGUGCUGAGGCGGACGGGUCCUAUAGUCAGACUGAGGCUCCUGAGGAAGGCUGUCUACCUUCGUCACAUCUUGCCCCCGGUGCCUCCACUGCAGCCUCUCCGACACUCCCACAGCUUCGACGAGGGCAAUCCUUACGCAGUGGGACUGAACAAGAUUUAUGAGACAGGAAUAUGCUCGCUGCGUGAAAUCUCCCGGCGCGCAGCAUACGCCAACAGACGACCCCGACAUGAUUCAAGAAACGGAGUGCAACUGACACCGGCAGAGGAAGAAGACCUCAGGAUGAGGUGGCAACGUGCCGUUGGACCGAGAUAUGAAGUCAUUGUUUGUCAACUGGAGCGCUUCAGUGAGACAAGUGGCUUCGGCAUCAGCCUGGAGGCUCGGGCCGGGCAUCAUUACCUGUGCUCCGUUUUACCCGAGGGACCCAUUGGACAAUGUGGCAAGAUCUUCACUGGGGAUCAGAUACUCGAGGUGAACGGUAUCCCACUCAUUGGAGAGACACACAAAGAGGUGGUCAACAUCCUCAAGGAGCUGCCCAUGUGUGUUUAUCUGGUGUGUUCUCGCACUGUCCCCCCUGCCAUUCCCGACAGCGAUGAGGAAGAAGAGGACGAUUGCCAACUCACCCUGAAAGAGCUGCUGGCUGAGUUCAAUGACAAGUUGGACCAGGGCUGCGUUAUUCCCUGUCCUACGGCCGAGGACAUCACAAAGCGUGGUGUGCCCCCGAUGUCACCUCCUCUGGCCAUGUGGGAGAGAGAGGCACAGGUGGUAGAGCUGGAGAAAGGGGAGUCAGGAUUGGGCUUCAGCAUCCUGGACUAUCAGGAUCCGGAGGAUGCCACUAAAACAGUGCUAGUAAUCCGUUCCUUGGUGCCGGGCGGUGUCGCCGACCGAGAUGGCCGCCUGCUCCCCGGAGAUCGCCUCAUGUUUGUUAAUGAGACUGACUUGGAAGGCUCCAGUCUGGAUUACGCCGUGCAUGUGCUGAAGUCCACUGGUUACGGCCCUGUCCACAUUGGUGUUGCCAAGCCGCUGCCGUUGGAACUUUGCGGCGGCUUGACGCCCAUCUUGGAGAGAAGCACCAGGGAAUCUUGCGAUGACAGCGAGAGCCACAGUCAGGUCACGCUGCUAGCUGAGGAAGCUGAGGCCAACGCUUGCAACCUGGCGGAUAACAACGUCCACCCGUAUUACAACAACUCGGAAAUCCAGCCGCAUCUCCGUUUUGGUGUCAAAGAAGACGACGACAUGCAGCCCAUCCCUCCUCUGCCCCCACGCACCAGCUUCGAAAAGACAAUCACAGUUGUCCGGGGCAACCGUAGCCUUGGGAUGUCGGUGAGUGCUAUCAAGGAUGGCUCAGGCAUGCUGGUGCGCAGUGUGGCCCCUGGGGGCUCUGUCAGUCAAGAUGGCAGACUCGAGGUGGGUGACGCAAUCUUGGCGAUCAACGGCGAAUCUACGUCCAACCUGACCAACGCCAUGGCCCGGUCAAUGCUGCGGAGACACUCUGUCAUUGGGCCGGAGCUCAGUAUAAAUUAUGUGCCGGCACACCAGGUGGAUGAGCACCGUACCAGACUGCGUUUGCCCCCACUGGCAUCUAUCCUAGAAGACCCACCUUGCUCCCCCACACCGCCAGAACAAUUGUCGGCCAGGUCCCCUGUCCAGUGUAAAACCGCGGGUCCUGGUGUGACCGCAGGCAAAACCAGGUUCCCAUUCGAAGACACAGCCAUCGUCCCUAGUGUGAAUCCAGAUGCCGACUCGAGCCAACAAAAUCUCUACCUCACAAAAAGGGGGGAGGAAGACCCAGAGAGGGAAGAGAAAAAGGAGGAGAAUGGUGUGGAUGGUGAAGUCCUGAUGAAGUUGGAUGUAAACGAGGAGGCAGAAGAUCAUCAUUCUUGCACUCCUGUGUCUUGGGACCAACCUAGAAGGGUGCAGCUUAAUCGAGCUCCAGGCCAGUCCCUUGGUAUUAGCAUUAUGGGAGGCAAAGGCAUGGGCCAGAGGCUGAGUGGUGGCGAGAUGAUGAGGGGUAUCUUCAUCAAGUACAUCAGCUCUGAUAGCCCAGCAGCGCAUAACAGCACCAUCCAAGUUGGGGACAGGAUAUUGGAGGUGUGCGGUGUGGACCUGAGUGAUGCCAGCCAUGAGCAGGCGGUGGAGGCUAUCCGCGGGGCGGGAGACUGUUUAGACCUGCUGGUUCAGUCCAGACAGCAGGGAACACAGUCGUCUUCGCUUUUCAACCAUGAAAGAACAACUCCAACCUUGCCAUCCAACUCACACAGCAGCCAGGAAGUGCAGCAUCUUACUGGUUUGUUCCUUAGUCUCCCCCCUACAAACCCGUUCACUCCUACUCCAUUUAAGGUACCUCAGCAGACUUCCAAUCGAGCAGGUCGGCGAAGCCCUGUGACUGUGAAGACACCAAGCAUUGCAGCCUCUGAUGAUAAGGAUGACGGUGGCAGAAAAAAGAUGCUGCAGCGUUAUGGCACCCUGUCAGGGAAGCUUCAUAUGAUUGAGUUGGAGAAGCGCACGGCAGAACAGGGUUUGGGAAUCCGCCUUGCAGGGAAUAAGGAUGGCUUCAGGGCCCGCAUGAGCGUCUACGUGGCGGAUAUAGACCCUCGAGGACCUGCCGGCUUAGAUGGGCGAAUACAGGUCGGGGAUGAGUUACUAGAGAUCAACGGUCAGAUCUUGUAUGGACGCAGUCAUCAGAGCGCCUCCACCAUCAUCGAUAAUACUCACUCUAAAGUCAAGAUCAUUCUCGUCAGAAAUAAAACAGCGACCGAAAUGCCCCAGAGCCGCUGCACAAUGGUGGGUGAUGACACUCAAAGCAGCCAGACUGACUCGGACGCUCAUAAACAAAUCUCUACAGAUGUCCAGAACAUCAUCCAGGACAACACCGAAAAGGUUGGGGACAGUGUCAAAGCAGUGAAUGAUGAGACAGGGACUCACUUGAAGGUGGCGAAGGCCACUGUCAAAGGGUCUACCAGCUGCCCUGAGGCUGCCUCAGCCGCUUCAGCCUCCUUGUCAAAGCCUCAUCAAGUACCAUCGCCCCUUCUGGACUGCUCCACCACCAUGGCCCUGAGCGCAAAGCAGACCACUCCUAAGGAGCGUCGUGAUUGCCGUGCAUCCACUUCAGCGUCUGACCCUCUUAACUGUCCCGUUGUGGCUGGCAAAGAAACUGCCAUAGAGAUUUUUAAGGGAAACUUGGGCCUGGGUCUCAGCAUUGUUGGAGGAUGUGACACUCUGCUGGGGUCAGUAAUAAUCCAUGAGGUGAAUGAUGGAGGAGCAGCGCAGAGAGAUGGAAGACUGCAGGCUGGGGACCAGAUCUUCGAGGUUAACGGGAUUGACCUGAGGCAGGCCACUCACGACGAGGCCAUUAGUGUACUGAGACUCACCACCCAACGCGUUGAGCUGCAUGUCUUCAGACCCCAGGCGGCCUACAAGGAGGAGGACCUGUGGGAUGUUUUCAGUCUUGUCUUGAGGCCACAUCCUGUCAAGGGCCUUGGCUUCACCACUGUGGGUAAAAGGAAUGACACCGGCAUCUUUGUGUCAGAUAUCAUCAAAGGAGGCGUAACGGAUUUGGAUGGCAGGUUGAUGCUAGGUGACCAGAUUCUGUCAAUCAACGGGGAGGACAUCCGUGCAGAAUCACAAGACCUUGCCGAGAGGCUUCUGCAGAAUUGCUGUGGUGUGUUUCACCUAGAGGUGGCUCGUUUUAAAGCCGGGUUGCCAUACCCUGAACAGAACCAGAGUGAAGACUCGGACUGUUCCACCCUGACACCCUCAAGCAGUUCCACUGCUUGUGUCGGCCAACAGAGGGAGGCAGAACACAGAGGAGGGACCCACACUCCAACAGCAUUUGAAGACAACCCCGACUACAGAAAAGUAGUUAUUAAAAAGGGUCCACGUGACUCCCUCGGCAUCACUUUAGCAGGAGGAGUGGGCAGUCCCCAUGGCAACGUACCUCUUUUUCUUGCGACCAUGGAUACCAGUGGAGGAGCUGCCAAAACACAGCAAUUAAAGCUAGGAGACAGGAUCCUCAGUAUAAAUGACGUCUCCGUGGAGGGAAUGACUCACAUCCAGGCCGGAGCCUUGCUUAAAAAUGCCAUUGGUGCAGUCACCCUACAGGUGGCAGCUGGACGCAACACUCAUCAUCCCAGCGGUGUACGUGAGCUACCAUCGGGCCAGCCCAAUAGCCUGCCAGGCUUUCACAACAACCUCUGCACUCGGAUGUAUAAGACUGUCAGUCUGGAUCGAGGCUCUUCAGGCCUGGGCUUCAGCAUCGUGGGAGGCUUCGGAAGCCCAUAUGGAGACCUGCCCAUCUACAUCAAAACGAUCUUCAACAAGGGAGCAGCCAUUGAGGAUGGGACGCUGAAACGAGGCGAUCAGAUAAUUGCGGUGAACGGACACUGUCUGGAGGGGGUGACACACGCCGAAGCAGUGGACGUCCUCAAGAAGACCAAAGGGACUGUGCUUCUCACUGUCCUCUCAUGAGUUUGACCAGCAUAGCACAUAAUUCAUGGAGAAGACCCUCAAAAGGGAAGUCAAUUAUUUUAGAUGAACUACCUCUUAACUUCGAGCACAGCCCAGGUACUCCAUAGUCCCAAUAUAUAUUGUAUAAUAACAUAUAAAAUGUAAUCAUAAUUAAAUUGGGUUUUUGGGGGGGUCAAAAAUCAAAUUGCAUUUUACAAUGAAAAAAAUUCUCAAAUUAAUUUCACUUUAAGAGCAAGCCUGAAUAGUUUUGAUUAUAUGAAUUUCCAACAACUUUCCUAAAUCUGAAAUAUGCCAAGUGCUUUUGCCAAUAUUUUGUGUGGCAUUAAAGUGGAAGGACUAUUUUGUGAUAAGUAUGGUAAGUUUUAUUUAAUGAUGCUACAAAGCUACUGUGUGAAUGAUGUUUUAAUGCAAAUUUUGUUUUUUUCAUUUUUAUUGCAUAGUGUGUGUGUUUUAGGAAGUGUGCCUGUGAUGAGUGAUUGUUUUCUAAUUACCGGUACUGUAUUAGUAUUCUUAUUGUCUGUAAUGUAUUCCAUGGUUGUUAUAGGAACACAGUGUUUGGAGUCAUACAACAACGAAAUAUGCUGUAAGUGUUUUUAUUAAAUGAUCAUUUGUUAGUAAAUUA